AUGUGGUGGUCAAAGAUCGCAUCACACUUGCCCGGAAGAACAGACAACGAGAUCAAGAAUGUGUGGAACACUCAUCUCAAGAAACGAUUGACCAAGAGCAGUUCAUCAGCAUCGGAUACAACCAACCAAGCCUCUUCAGUGUCAUGUUCUUCAUCCUCUUCCUCCUCAUCAAUCUCUUCAUCAGUCUCUAAUGACGUUAUCAACAGCGAGAUGCAGAAUCAGGAAGAGGUGUUUGAGGAAAUCUUGGUGGAGCAUAUGGCAUGUGGGUUUGAGGUAAAUGCGCCACAAUCACUAGAAUUUCUUUUUGAAGAUCACCAGAAUCCUCCUCCUCCUCCUGUAUCUAAACCGGAGUCGCUAGAAAUCCAUGGGCAAUCAUAUCAGGAGUUGUGUAGCCGAAUGGUUGAACCAGGGAUAGAUGAUUACAAUGAGUGGCUCAACUAUUUGGAUAACCAAACUUUCUAAAACACAAUGUCUUAUUUUUGUAUUGACUUUGUUUUUUGGUUUUUUGUUUUAGAUAAAUCUAAAAUACACUGAGAACAUGUUCAAACCAGUGUACAUUGACACACACUGUUUUC